AUGUCUGAACCAACUAAAACAACAGCCUCUAAAGGGAAAAGAAACUUUCGCAGAACUCAAGGACCGCAAACUGGUUCUAAUAAAAGUAAACAUAAUCAAUCUAAUGGUCAUCAUCAUGGAAAUGAUGAAGACAGUGAAGACGAUGACGAUGAUUACUGUUUAAUUUGUGCUGAAAAGUUAGAGUAUGUGUCAUUGACUCCAUGUAAUCACAAGACCUGUAAUAAAUGUGGAUUCAAACAACUUGCGUUGUUUGAAAAGAAAAAUUGUAUGAUCUGUAGAACAGAACUUUCUGAAGUUAUAUUCACUACUAAUGAUAUUACUAAAAAAUAUAAGCAUACAUAUUCCGAUAUAUUUGAUAAUUAUAAGAAGUCAUUUUUACAAGAUCCAGAAUAUCCAUUCAUUAAUUUCACUAAUGACGAUAUCCGUCAGGAAACAAUCAAUCUAUUGAAAUUUUAUUGUGAAAUUUGUGGAGAUCAUAAAGAGGAUUUUGGUUCUUUCCAAAAAUUACAUGAACAUUUAAGAUCAGAACAUAAUAAAGCACUAUGUAUGAUUUGUGCUACUCAUAAGAAUGCAUUUCCAUCAGAAUUAACAAUAUUCACUCCAAAUCAAUUAAGAAAUCAUCAAUCAAAAGGUGAAAGCGAUCAAGGUUUUAAAGGUCAUCCAAUGUGUGCUUUUUGUUCUGGUAGAAGAUUUUAUUCAGACGAUGAGUUAUAUCUUCACAUGAGAGAAAAACAUGAAAAAUGUCACAUUUGUGAUAAGAUUGAUCAUAAUAAUCCUCAAUAUUUCAAGGAUUACGACCAAUUAUUUGAACAUUUUAAACAUUAUCAUUAUAUCUGUACAGUACCAUCAUGUAUGGAAAUGAAAUUUGUGGUCUUCAAAGAUGAAUUGGAGUUGCAAGCACAUAUUUUACAAGAACACGGCAGUAUCAUUAAGGGAAAACCUAAAUUCUUCCAAUCUGAACUUUCAACCUUCAUUUCUGCUCCAUCAAGAGUCAUUAUAGAGAAUAGUGGUAAUAAUAAUGUAUCCUCAUUAGCAUCAUUAUCUUCUUCAAGUUCUUCUACGGGAUUAAACUCAAAUAGAAAUCGUCGUAAUGAUAAUACUGACGUGAUUGUUACACCUGAAGUGAGUCAACAUAGAAUGGAAGAACGUGCCAAAUACUAUUUGGAUAAUUCUGAUGAAGGUUACCAAAGGUUCUUGAAAUACAACCAAGAAUACGAUAGAGGAAGAUUAACUAGUCUCAAUUUAUUAGAGAGUUAUAGAAAUUUAUUUACUACACCUCAAUCAGAUAUUUAUCUGCUGAUUAGAAACUUUUCGGAAACUUACCCAAGAAAUUCCAAUAAAUACAGAGAAUUAAACAGUAUUUACUCAUCCAAUGAGCAAAGGAUGGAGAGACAAAACACUAAUUCGAACUUGCCUUCCUUAACGGAUGAUAGAUCAUUCUCAGUUCCUAUUAUAUCUGGUAAAUGGGGUAAUGCUGGUGCAGUGUCAUCAAAGAGUGUCAUUAACAAUUUGCCAUCCUUACCUACUUCCAAUCAUGUUGAUCCAUUUGCAAACCCAUACAACAUCAGGACAUCUAAGCCGGUUAGAAAGAGUACUACUAAUUUGACAGCCACAUAUGGUGGUAAUGUUGGUAGUGGAUAUAACAACAGAACAUCAUUAAGUAGCAACAGUGUUAAUUUUACUCAAUCUUUUGCGGAUUCUCAAAGAUCUGACACCUCAUCUAGUAAAUCUUAUACCAACAAUAAUAACAGAUCCCAGGAUAAACUAUCUCAAUUGAAUUUACCGUCUUUACCAACACCAAAACCAAGAGUUGUCAUUCCUCCUGUACACAAGAGUAUCAUUCCAAAUCCAAAGAGUUGGGGUAAAAAUGAUCCUCAACCUGUUCAAAGAAACCAAAACACCUUUGACGAUCCGAAUACGUUAGAUCUAUCUGGUUUGACAGUAAAGCCAGCCAGAGGUGGGAAAGGUAAGAAGAAGGGAAAUCAAAAACAAUUAUUGUUUCAUAUUGGUGUCUAA